AUGUGGUUUUAUUUAAGCUGUGCUAUUGUAUGUAUCAUUUCAGCGAAUGGAUAUAAAUCUUCGACACCAUUUAUAAAGAAUUUAGUACGUGGCGGAGACCAUUUCGAAGGUCCACAUUGGGCUGACAAAGAAAAUGCUUUAUACUGGACAGAUAUAAGCGAGCAAAAAAUCUACAGGCUCGAUGCAGAAACCGGAAACGUGACAAUACGGGAAAUAGUAUACGGUCCCGUAUCAUUAGUAGUCACCGUUAAGGACUACCCGAAGUUGAUAUUAGUAUCAUCACGAGCUGAGCUCUAUCUACUAUCGUGGGAUUCAGAACAAGGAGACAGUGCCUUGAGGUUGUUAACAGCUGUGGAUUUGGGCAAACCUGACAACCGCAUUAAUGAUGGCAAAGUUGAUAGCAGGGGAAGACUGUGGUUUGGAACUAUGGGCAAGGAGGAUGAAAGUGGUGUAGAGAAAGAACAAGGUACACUUUAUAUGCUAACAAAGGAAAACUACAUCAACCCAGCAGAGAAAGUUAUGCCUGUAUCAAUAUCUAAUGGCAUUGCAUGGACUUCAGACGAUUUGUUCAUGUUUUACAUUGAUUCUGUAUUGAGAAACAUUCAAGUUUUCGAUUAUGACGUGGAUACUGGUUCUAUACGUAACAGAAGAACUUUAUUUGAUUUCCAAGUAAACAAUGUCACUGGAGUUCCCGAUGGUAUGACUAUUGAUACAGAUGGAAAUCUUUGGGUUGCCUGCUUUGAUGGCGGAAAGGUUAUUAAAAUAGAUUCAAGAGCUGGAAAGCUUUUGGAGCAGCACAAAAUGCCUGCUAGCAAAGUGACGUCAGUAGUAUGGGGCGGACAUAACUUUGCGACAUUAUUUGUUACUACAAGUAAACGGAGCCUCAACUCUAUGCAACUAGCUCAAGAGCCUGAAGCAGGAUCACUCUUUUCAAUUGAAAACACUGGAUCUAGAGGAUAUCCAAGCAAUCAGUUCAUUUUUUCAAAUGCUGAUUUAUAUUGA